ACUCGGCGAUUCCCCUCCUGCCUCUUUGAUUUCGGGCACCUCCGACAGAUAAUUGGGAAGGGUUUCCAGAAGGUGGGAAAUGUCACCUGAUUCACACUGAACUUUUAAAAGCUCCCCACCCCCAAAGAGUCGGCACACCCUCGGUCGCAGCCGCCCUCCCACAGCCCCACACACUGGGAGACCGCCCACCUCAAACCUUAAGACCCCCGUCUAGAUUUAAAGCGCGGCUGCGCCCGGCUUCUGACGUCCAUUGAAUCGCGCGGGCGGCCGGUGGCGAGCGCGGGGCUGCGCCAGGAUCGCUGCGCCCUCCGCCGCUCGCCUCUGCGACGCGCGCCGCUCGCCCAAGCCACCCGCCGCCGCGCUCCUCGCCCUGCGCCUGCCCCAGGAUGGUCUGCGCCAGGCACCAGCCCGGCGGGCUCUGCCUCCUGCUGCUGCUACUCUGCCAGUUCAUGGAGGACCGCAGCGCCCAGGCUGGGAAUUGCUGGCUCCGCCAAGCAAAGAACGGCCGCUGCCAGGUCCUGUAUAAGACAGAACUGAGCAAAGAAGAGUGCUGCAGUACCGGCCGUCUGAGCACCUCGUGGACCGAGGAGGAUGUGAACGACAAUACUCUCUUUAAGUGGAUGAUCUUCAACGGGGGCGCCCCCAACUGCAUCCCCUGUAAAGAAACGUGUGAGAAUGUGGAUUGCGGACCUGGAAAAAAAUGCCGCAUGAACAAGAAGAAUAAACCCCGCUGCGUCUGUGCCCCGGACUGUUCCAACAUUACCUGGAAGGGUCCAGUGUGUGGGCUGGAUGGGAAAACGUACCGCAACGAAUGUGCACUCCUCAAGGCCAGAUGUAAAGAGCAGCCGGAACUGGAAGUUCAAUAUCAGGGCAAAUGCAAAAAGACUUGCAGGGAUGUUUUCUGUCCGGGCAGCUCCACCUGUGUGGUAGACCAGACCAAUAAUGCCUACUGUGUGACCUGUAAUCGGAUUUGCCCAGAGCCCUCCUCCUCUGAGCAGUACCUGUGUGGGAACGAUGGAGUGACUUACUCUAGCGCCUGCCACCUGAGAAAGGCCACCUGUCUGCUGGGCAGAUCGAUUGGAUUAGCCUAUGAGGGAAAAUGUAUCACAAAGUCCUGUGAAGACAUCCAGUGUGGCAGUGGGAAAAAAUGCCUGUGGGAUUUCAAGGUUGGCCGAGGCCGUUGCUCUCUCUGUGAUGAGCUCUGCCCUGAGAAUAAGUCGGAUGAGCCAGUCUGCGCCAGUGACAAUGCCACUUACGCCAGUGAGUGCGCCAUGAAAGAAGCCGCCUGCUCCUCCGGUGUGUUGCUCGAGGUGAAACACUCUGGAUCUUGCAACUCCAUCUCGGAAGAUACGGAGGAAGAGGAGGAGGAGGAAGACCAGGACUACAGCUUUCCUAUCUCUUCCAUUCUAGAGUGGUAAACGCUCCACCAGUGUUCAGGGUUGACAUAGCCUUUGGGCAAAACAGAACACAACAAGAGAAAGGGGGGGAAAAGGAAAAAAAAAAGAUAGAUAAGAAAAUAAGAAAAAAUAUAUUGUGCAUAAUGUAAAUAAGUGUAUGCUUAUUUAUUUGGGGGGGAAACUAUACAUGAAAGGACCUUUGUCCUAAAGCUCUCUCCCGGGCCACAUUGUUACUCACUGGGCAUGGAGAGAUUGUCAUUUUGUGGUCUACUGGAUGAGGCCUCUAGUUGAGACUUGUAGACGUUUAUUUAUACUGUGUCAUGUUUUAUAAUUUAUACAUAAAAUGUCUGGUUGACUGUACACCUUGUUUUUGAAGAAAUUUAUUCGUGAAAGGAAGAGCAGUUGUUAUUUAUUGUGAGGUCUCUUGCUUGUAAAGUAAAGCCGUUCUCCCCUCCCUCGUAAACCAUUGAAGUCCAUUCCUAAUGACCUACUCACUCAUCUGUCUCCCUCCAUUUCACUGCUGUUAGAUUCUUUCCCACCUCUUAACAAAUUUGCAUGUCAGUUUCUGUCAUGUUUAUUUAUUGGAUUCUCAGCUGCCUAUUCUGUACAUACCUGACCCUUCGGGUUCUGUUUACAAGGAAUCUUGACUGACCAAAAGGCACCGUAACUCUGCCUCAGAUACAAGGUACAGAGGAUAUACGUCUCGGAAAGAACGUCUGCUUCCGUGCCCUUGUUCUGGUGAAAACAUUGUGAGAGAGGAUGAGAGGCUUUAAGAGUCGAGAAAUGUACUUUUAUGAUGUUGCAGAUCCAAAGACAUAGUGACGUGGGGUGUCAGGAGACGAAAGGAAGGUGAUCGUUACCCUUCCAACCUGUCAUUCACUGUUUCCUUUGAGGUAGUCGGCUGUACCUUCUCAAUUAGUUCUUUUUCAACCAAUGUGUCACUAAAAGUUCCAUCAAAGCUUUAUCAGUUCAAGUUUCUUGCUUUUCAUAAUACUUUUUUCUGAUGCAAUUUUAUAUUUUCAAACAUGGCAAGUUAAAUAUAAAUUCAUUUAAAUAUAUAGUUUUGUACUUUUCUACCAUGUAAAUGUGCAAUGUAUAUAAAAGUUAUAAUGUGUAUUUGUAAAUAAAUGAUGA